UUAAAAAUAACUUAAAAAUUACAUAAAAGACAUAAGUUUUUUUUCACCCACAAACCAAAUCGGAUUUACAAUCCAAUUUCUAUUUUCUUGAAUUUAUUUUUUGGCAAGAACUCUCUCCUUUUCACGAUGUGUACUCCCUUCUGUUCAUGAAAAACUAGGGUUACGAAACAAAACAUCGAUCUCAAAUUUCUUUUCUAUCAUCUUUUCUUUUCACAAUUAUGGUGAAGAUAAUGAGACAUAAGAAAAAAAAAUAUUUGUCCGAGAUACUCAAAACAAACAAGGUUCGGAUCGGGCUGUCAGCCUGUCACCUCCACACAUGUUAGAUCAGAGGAACAACUAACAAAUGAAGAAGAUGUGGAGCUCGAAGAUGAGAGGUGUCACUCCCUCCAGUUGGUGAUGGAGAUGGUGAGGACAAAGUCGAAUGAAGUGAAAAAGAAGAUGAGGUCGAAUCUCAGUCUCCACCUCCGACUGGUAAUGUUGAGGGAGAUGAUGAGAAGGUCGGAACUAGCAAAGAAGAAGAAGAGAGCAAGGAAGAUAGCGAGGGAGAUGGCGAAGAAGAAGGAAAUACGGACGCCAAUUCAAAAACCGACUCACGCGACUCCGUCGACAAAAUGGAUUCUGAUGAUGAACCGAUAUCAUUACAACCUAUGGGAAUGUACUUCCUGUCGGCAAAGUAUAACAAGAAAAUUAAGGUAUCUACGAGAUGUCACAUCAAGGAAGUUUUGACAAUGAUGGAUAAGUUGAAGCAUCCACUGACCAAUGUUGAGAGGAAUUGGUUUGAGAACCAUCCACAGUUCAAACACAUUUGGCACUUGCCAAGAGACAAAAACCACAAGGUUAAGGGCAUGUGGAUGCUCCUUCUCCGAACGACAUUCGUUGAAAAGAAAAGGGAAGUUUGGUUAAUUGUAAAUGGUUUUCUCAUCCAUUACGGUAUCAAUGAACACGCCUUCAUAUCGAGAUUUAACUGCCGCACCUAUCCAAUUGACUAUUUAAAAUCUGGAAGUAAGACCUUUGUGAAUAGGUACUUUAUGUCUAAGGUUACUUGUGAAGAGGUGAGGGAAAAAUUGAAGGACAUGGUACCAGCAGAACGGGUCUCGAGAUAAGUUGAAGAUGGCUAUCCUACACUUCUUAUCUAGCAUUGUUAGAGCCAGAUAUGAGAUAAAACUUCAGAAAUUGAUGAUUUUUUGCAAAAUGCGGUUAAUGAUCUAAAUUUUUGUAAGAUGUUUCUUUACGGGAGAUAUUCCUUUGAUUACAUGCUCUUAUCAAUCGCUCACACAAUGAAUCAUUUUAACAGGACCGUCACAGAGGGUGUAGUAUAGCCGGUUGCAGAGUUAUGUAUUCCUUUGAAACUUUUACCAUUUGAAGCAAUUCUAUAGUUGUGCAUUAAAUUCAUAUACGAUUAUCCAGACGCAUACGUUAAUUGUACAUGGAUGUGCAAGAGAAAUUUCACGAAAUGAGAGGGUUUCCUCUUUCGAAAAUAAAUGAUGAACUUGGUACAACUGAGGUUAUUGAUAGUAUCCUAGUACCUAUAGAUGAUAACGAAAAGUCUCUUCUUCAAAGAAUCACUGAAAAGGAUGACAUGGAUGAUACAUAUGAUAUUGUUAAUCAUAUUCAUAAAGGAUAUAAUGUUAGGUUUGAAGACAUGUUCAAUGAAGAUGUUCAGUCCCGAGGAGGAGGAGGAGUAAGAGGGGAAUCUGAGAAUAUGAACGAGGAAGUAGCUGCUAUUGAAGGACCGGGAAACCCUAGUGUAGCUGAUCUGGUGGAUCUUGUAAACAACUUCACCACAAAAGGCUUUCUAUCACUGUCAAUGAUAUUGUACUCAAGUUCGAAAGUGUUAAGCGUCGUCACCUUUAGUUUCUCAGCAACUGACCAUAAAUCGGCAAGUAACUCUUUGCUAAAUGCACCAAUUUAUUUACAAUCGAUCCAGACAUGGCGUCUUCGAGAUGUUCAUUGAACCAUUUAGAGAUUUUUAAGGAUAGCAUGAAGCAUGGGUAUUAAGGAGUACCUCCUUGCGUCUUUAAAUACAUCAUUUAACGAUUUUAUACAGUUGCUUGUAUCUAGAUUGUAUCUUUCUCCUGGAAAAAUACAUCGCGCCCAUUUUUCUA